ACUCCCGGCUGUUCGCCCGCUCUGUUCAACAGCUGUAACUGACAAAAUAAAUAACAGACGGGAUUUAAAGUCGAUCAAUGGAUCUUGAGGUGAUUUAAAAUGAAUCAGAGUAACACUAAAUAAUUAUAUUAUUCCUUACUUUCCUUAGAUUCUGCUUAUUUUCAGGAAAGAUAACUCUCCUGGAUUUUUUUGCAGCCAUUUGCAACGUAGAAUCCCGUAGUUAUAAACUUCAAAACGUUGAUGCCACUCAUUUUUUAGCUCUGAAAAUCAAAGUUGUUGAGCUCCACUUUACUUUUUUUACUGGUGACUGACACGGAUUUGGAUAAAAGCACAGCCAAUCAGCUUGCCCCCCUGCCUGGUGAGCAGAGCUGUCAUUGGUGCGUGCAGCCAUGGAGGGCGGGCUGAACAUCCAGGCGGAGAUGGACUUCCGGGGAACAGAGGUCUCGGUGUCUGUGGAAGUGGGGGAGGACCUUCUGGUGGUCGAGGUGUCGGAUUUGCUGACCGCUGACCAGUGGAGAGGAGAGUUUCACCCCGCCUAUAUUGAAGAUCUUACCCGUAAGACUGGCAACUUCAAGCAGUUUGCCAUCUUCUGCAGCAUGCUGGAGUCUGCAGUCCGCAAGACCAGCGAGUCCGUGUCCCUGGACCUGCUGACCUACGGUGACCUGGAGCUGCUGCGGAACAGGAAGGCGGGGCUCCUGGGACGGCCGCGGGCCCCGGCCCAGUCGCCGGCCCUCCACUCCAAACGCUACCUCAUCCUCAUCUACUCCGUGGAGUUCGACAGGAUCCACUACCCGCUGCCCCUGCCCUACCUGGGCAAGCCGGACCCCGCGGCGCUCCAGAGGGAGAUCCGUGCGCUGCGGGCGGAGCUGGCAGCACUGGGCACCCGGACGGGCAAGGACGCCCGCGACGCAGAGAUCCGCCGCCUCCGAGCAGAGCUGUCCCAGAUGCGGGAGGAGAAGGAGGUCCUGGCCCGGGCCCUGGAGUGCCUGCAGGCUGGGGGGCCGGCCCCGCGCGACGAGCCGAGGGGGGCGCAGGCGCUGAAGGAGGUGGUCCGCAGCCUGGAGGAGGAGCUGCUGCGCGAGAGAGCCAGGAACCAGCGCUCCGCCAGCAAGAAGAGCCAGGAGCAGCGCCUCCUGCUGGAGAAACUGGAGGAGCUUAAGGCGUCGGAGAGGAACCUGCGCGUGCGAGUUAAGAGCUUGACCAGUGAGCUGGCGAUCGUGAGAAAGGGGAGGGUGACUCCCGUCGGGCCCCGGCGGUCAGGUUCAGAGCUGGGCUCCGGACCGCCCAGGAGAGAGGCGGAGGGGCGGCGCUCGGUGUCCCGGGACAGGAGCCUGGGGAGCUACUCGGGGUCCCGGGAGCGCAGCGUGGGUGUUGGGGAGCGCUCGGGCUCCCGGGACAGAGGGCGGAGGUCAGGCUCAGCUGGUACGCGCCCCUUCGUCCCCAGGCAGUCCCCAUCACCAGCAGGGACCAGAGCCCCCCGCUUCGACCCCACGGCCUACAUCAAAGGCAAGGAGCGCAGGCAGAGGGAGGCCCAGCUGAAGACUCAGAGGAAGGUGCAGCGAGACAUGCUGACCACGCCCACUAGCUCCGAGAGAGGGCGGGCCCGCUCCCGGGAGACUCGCCAUGGCAGUGCCCGAUUGGGUCUGGCUGCCAGGGGGCGGGGCUCCUCUGUGGAGAGCCAGAGGAGCAGGCAGUCUUCAGCCAGCUCAUUGGCUGAUCUGGAGGACCUGGCUAAGCCCCUCCCUUCCAGUGCUGGGAUCCGGAGCAGAAAGAAAACGCAGCCUCCCCUGUGCUCCGUGCCCUGGAACAGCCCCGGCAUGCCCCCCAGAGGAGCCAAGCCAAAGAGGCAGAUGUCCAGCACCCCAACCAGGAGGAGCCGGGUUGCUGACAAAGAGAACUCCUUCGACCCUGGUGCCGAUCUCUCGGAGAUUGACGCCCGACUGCAGGCGCUUCAGGACUACAUGAGGAAUCUGGAAACUGGACACUAGGGCAUUCCUCCCAGAGAGGUCUCCUCACUCCCUGGGAGCUUGUGGUGUUCAGGCUGCUGUUAGCCCCCACCCGGAAAACCGAGCCAACCAGCGUGAGUGAACUGAUCUGUUAGCAUCGGCAGCAAGGACCCUGUGUGGCCCCUGAGUGAUGUUCCAGCUGAGCCACUGCUGGACGUGUGACGGCACAGGUCUGCGGCGCUGAAUCCAGGGCAGGGGACCUGUUUUUGUAUUUGUUGUGACAAAGAUCCGCUUGACUUUUUAAAUAAUUUUUUAAUGACCGGAUGGCUUUUUUAAAUAAUGGAAAAUACUGUGAUCCGCCUCGAAUUGUACCUUGAAUAAUAUUUUAUCCAUGCACAAAAACGGUUUUAUUCCGAAGUUCGCUGAAGCACAUGAUUGAAUCCCACAUGGCGACAGAAGAGUGAGAGACCCUGAAUCUACUGUCAAAUCCAUCUCUGAAAGAACCUGUUGUAUUUGAAUAGAUCUCAUAUGGUUUGGGAUUGCUCUGUCCUAAAUUAAGCCUGUUCUUUAGAAGGGAUUCCAUGCUUUCUGACAGAAGUGUGCUCGAAUGUUUGUAGUAGAAGGGUGCAAGUUGAACAGUACAGUCGACUACUGAGCACUUAAGAUGGCUCUCACUGAAGGAAUAAUUGUAGGUUCCACAAUGCAGCACAGAUUAGCACUAGAACUGGACUCGUUUCUUAAAUGUUUAUCCAGUGAAUUAUUUUAGAAGAUGCCUGGAAUAGAUAGUUGGAGGGACAUUAGGAGUCUUUGUUUAAGAGAACUGCUGAAAUUGGUGUUCCUGGUAAAAAAGAUCUUUCAGGAGGUAUUGGUAUCUUCUAAAAGCGUGCAAGUUUCAUGGCAACAGCUUUACUGUUAGGGAAAUACAGGAUGACGUGUGUUGAUGCCUCAUUUGGAAUCAUUUUUCUAACUCUCAGUAUGCUUGUAUUUCUCCUAUUUCAGGGAAGUGUUUUCUUAUUGUCACUUCUAGUGUUUAAAACACCUGCUCUUCUGCAGCUUCUGUCUUUGAAAGUGGUUUUUAGUGUGAGUGUUUUUAUACUUGAUGCGGUUAUAUGUGCCUGUACCCUGUGUGGUUCUGUAACAGGUGUUUUCUGUAGAGGGAAAAAGUGUUCAAACCAAUGAGUAGUUUUAUAGCAUGUCAUGGUAUAAAGAGGAAUCUGUAUAGUGGAAUCUGCAUGGAAACACUAAACCUCAAAUUUAAAUUUUGUUUGAUAAUUUAUUUCCAAUCAAAUACAAUACCUUCUCAUUA